AUGCCAACCUUAUUCGGCCAGAGCAUCUUGUCCGUAUUCGAUGUUUGGGAAGGCUCGUCAUCGUUUCUUUCUGAAGUCUUGGAAUCCGGAGAAGCGCCAAACGACGAAGUGCAAUGUUUUUUCAACCAGAGCCUCACUGGCGGAGCUGAGGACUGGCAUUAUCUGAUCGACUGUGCACGGUCAAUUCGAUGCCUUCAGAAUCGCCAUCCUGAAAGCCUCGACGGCAGCGAUAUUCUCAGCUUCGUCUGGGAAAUAUUAGAUGGAUACGACGGUGCAUCGCCAUCUGCCGAGCCUUGGGGAGAAACCGAUCGUCUGAUUGCGCUCGCCAAAGGUCUUGAAAGGGAUAUUGAGAUUUUACCGCCCUCACUGCCCACAUUGCCACCAACCCGGAAGAGCGCAUCCUCACGAGUUCAAUCGCGCGUCAAGAAGCAGCGUCUGGGAACAACGUCUCAUUACUGGUCUGACGAGCUUUCGGACCAGACAAGCAAAACAAAUGGCAAGCAAGGCAAUCUCUCUGAUCCCUCUGCGUCUGUAUCUGGCUAUCGUCAAUGCAGUCAAAUACGGGCAUAUGGCCAGACCAUCCACCAGGGCACUGGUACCGCUCUCCUUGCUACGCCGCAUAGCAAACGCUCGACAAAAUCUCCCUACUUUUUGCAAGCACCGUCACCAAAGGAGGAGUCUCCAAAGAAGAAGCGGCCACCGCCAGGAACAAUUUCUUGCAUCCCGUUUCCUCCUCUCGACUCGCGCUCGUUUGGCAUCAUUCAAGAGGACCUGGCUCACGAUCCGUUUUGGCUGCUUAUUGCCAUUACGUUUCUUAUAAAGACGAGCGGGCAGGUGGCUUUACCUGCAUUUCGCCGGGUAAAAGAACGCUUUCCUACGCCAUUGCAGCUGUUAGAUCCAUCCAUCAAGGAAGAGCUCCUUGACAUGAUACGUCACCUAGGACUAUCCAAUGUACGGCUUGCAUAUAUCCUGAAAUACGCAACGGCCUUUGUGCACCAGCCACCAAAGUCUGGUGUGCUAUAUCGAGUGAAGAACUAUGAUAAACGGGACAUGAGCCCUACACCAAGAGAUCUUAGCAGCGGAGACUCUGAGGAUUCAGAAAUUUCGCAUUCGCCAUCGGACAGCAGUGACCAGGAUCUUGAGGCGUGGGAGAUCGGCCAUAUGACUCAGGGCAAGUAUGCCAUCGACAGCUGGCGCAUAUUUUGUCGCGAUGAAUUGCUGGGCCGCGCUGAAGAUUGGAACGGAAAGGGCCGCGAAGCUGAAUUUCAACCUGAGUGGAUGAGGGUAAAACCAGCUGACAAGGAGCUGCGAGCCUGCUUGCGGUGGAUGUGGAUGCGCGAAGGCUGGGAAUGGGACCCGACGACAGGCGAACGUACGGUAUUGAGGGAGGAGAAGCGAAGGGCUGUCAACGAAGGGAGGGUUGAGUAUGAUGAUACGGGGGCAUUGAGAAUCUUGACUGUAUGA